GUGGCUGGGGCAGGGUGGGUUGGUGCCCCUCCAGAGAGAGUCGCCUUUCCUGUUGCAGAGUCCUGGUUUGGCUGCUCCGAGGGCAAGCGCCGCUACAUUGGGGUGAUGAUGCUGACCUUGACUCCCAGCAUCCUGUCAGAGCUGAAAGGGAGGAACCCUUCUUUCCCUGAUGUCCCCUAUGGUGUUCUCAUCCACAAGGUCAUCGUGGGCUCCCCAGCGCAUCAGGCGGGCUUAAAAGCAGGGGACGUGAUAACGGAGAUCAACGGGAAGGCGUCUCGGCGGGCAGAAGACAUCUACGAGGCUGUGCGGACCCAGACCCGCCUCACUCUGCUGGUCCACCGGGGCUAUGAGGUGCUGCUGCUGACUAUCACUCCCGAAGUCACAGAGUAGAGGACUCGGGGCAGGACUCAGCCCCCCGACCUCUGGAUUCUGAAGGCUGUUUCCCACAAGCAGAGAGCGGGCUGGGCCUCUGCCCCCUGUGACCUUGGCAGGGAAUCGACAGCACCACAUGGUUGUGGGCUGGGGAUGGCAAGGGGCCCAGCUGGCAUGGCAGAGCCUCUCAUCCCUCUGCUGGGGCCGCCUCAUUAAAGGACCACGCGGUGCUCUUCCCAAG